ACCACCCUAAUUAGCGUAACGUUCAGCUGUCAAAGUUUUGAAAUAAUCGCGCAGAAGAUCUGUCACUUGCAAUCGUGUGUUUUUCUGGAUGAUUUUUAAUCAGCAGAGGAAAUUAGUUAAUUUUAUCAUUCUUGAUUUUGUUGGAUUUAGUAUCGUAAAAUUUGACCACAUUUCGCAUUGACUUCAUAAAAAUGUCCACCAAAGUCGCCAACAAAAAGUUCAAAUGGCAGCUGGAUUUUACUCCCAGAUCUCGCAACAGUGGAGGAGACAUUGCCUCCCCACCGGGAUUUAAUCCAUCCGCCGGGCAGACCCACAGUGAAGUGGCCCGGGACAACGACCAAAGCCACCUGAUCCUGAAAAAAUCCUGGGAUAUUGCGCUGGGCCCUAUUAAGCAGUUCCCGAUGAACCUGCUGAUAAUGUACAUGUCCGGGAACUCGAUCAGCAUCUUCCCGAUCAUGAUGGUGGUGAUGAUGUUCAUCCGGCCGAUUAAGGCGGUUCUCUCGACGGGAGCCACGUUCAAGGUGAUCGAAGGAAUUCAAGCCACCGGACAGAAGUUCGUCUACUUCCUGGGCAAUCUGGUGAAUAUCGGAUUGGCUCUGUACAAGUGCCACAGUAUGGGAUUAUUGCCGACGCAUGCCUCGGAUUGGUUGGCCUUUGCAGAUCCACAAGCCCGGCUGGAAUACUCUGGAGGUGGUAUGUCACUACUGUAGGAAAUUAGGGGGUUCUUUCGCGAGACUUAUCAAGUAAAUAAUUUAUAUUUCAUCUAUCAAAAAAAGAUCAUUUUUGUGGGAAAGUAAGAUUUGGACGAAAAUAAUCGAUAGCUGUUGGAUACUAUAAG